GGGGAACUUCCCCCACCUCCGCAGCGCGCCCCUUCCGGGAUGCCGUUCGCUUGCUCGGCUGGGCUAACGACGCCCUGCGAGGGCAAAUUGCGGAAAGCGUAUUCAUGGGCAUGAUUGCCAUUAAGGGCCAAUGCACCCGGGAGCCGCAGCGCUGCGUCAAGGGGAAAUGGGCAUCUCAUUUGCCCGCGGCCUACCCGCCGCAUCCGCCGCCCUCACUCUCCUCUCCUCCCCCGCUCGGCCGGCUUGGCUUUGCUGCGCGCUCCCCCUCCGGCCUUCCUCCUCCGACCCGCGCUCCCCUAGCAGCCGAGAUACGCAGGCCCGGCCGAGCAAAUACAUUCAUUUAAAGGGCGACUAAUGUGACCUCGACGACAGCGGUCGCGGGAUAUCGUAAGUCCCUCCCCCGGGCCCUCGCUGUCGCCCGGGUCCCUUUGGGUGCCUUUGGGGACCCCGCUUGCGCAAGACCGCCGGCCGGGGAACUGCACCCGCCUCCUCUAACCGGCGACGCUUUGGCCUUUGUUUUGUUUUGUUUUGUUGGAGGCUCGGCAAGGCCCUUUGCUCCGAAAGCAGAAGCCCCCUUCCCUAUGCAGGCUGGCCACCGCUUUGCACAUGUUCAGAGACGCGGCUUCUUGAAGACACGGUUUCAAUGCUGAGCGGCUACAUCCUUAGCCUAGAUCGCAACGGCAGCGCGGCACGACCCGUUUCUCCCCCGGCACUAGGCUCCCCUAGCCGGUCCGGAAGGCUGCCUCCCUAGAAGUCCAAAGGGCCUUCUCCGCUCUCCUCCCCCGCCGGAGAUCCUCGGACGCUCUGCCUUCCCCUCCAGCCCCUCGAGCGCUCUGCGUUAUCUGCCCUUGAUCGCUCUCUCUCUCUCCGCUCGCGCUUUUUGCGCUCGGGCGUCGCAGCAGAGAACCCGGCGCUUACCAGCGGGCGGCGGGGCGGCGGGGGGGGGGCGCAGAGAGUAGAGGCUGCUUGCCAGGGGCAUCGAGGGGGCAACUUUAGGAAGUAGGGCAGACGGGCUCGGAUUCCCCCCCCCUCCCCUCUCCCUCCUUAGUUCGGGACUUCGUUUUGGCCUCCGGAGGUUGAGCGCGCCAAGCCAAGCCGCUCUCCUGCCUUGCCCUGAACUCUGGCCCCUGUGAGUGAGUGUGUGGCGGCGACAGGGCUGGUGUGUGCCUAAUAGGAAAUAGUAAAAGCAGUGAGGCAGGUCAGUCGGCCAGCGACUACGGCCCGGCUCUGCUCCACGACGCCAGUGCGUCCGCAAAGGCAGGCAGAGCCGCCGGAGCAGCCUGGCCGAGCAGCUGGGUUAUCCGGGCGGCGGCUGCGCAGGCCUCGCUGGUGGUGGCGGCGGCGGGCGCUGCUGCCGCUGCUGCUCCUCUCCUGGACUUGCUGCUGCUGCUGCUGCUGCUGCGGCUGGCGGCGCCUCCGCUCGCCCCCCGCCCUCCGAUGAGCUCCUACUUUGUCAAUCCGCUGUACUCCAAGUACAAGGCGGCGGCAGGAGGGGGCGAGCCGCCCAUCAAUCCCGCUUACUACGACUAUCACUUUGCGCCCGCCGCCGCCGCCGCCGCCGCCGCCGCCGCCCUGCUCUACGGGAACAGCGCUGCAGCCGCUGCAGCCGCGGCCGCCGCUUCGGGCUACCCCCCUGCGCCGCCGGCUCCCGGGCCCGGCCCGGCCGUCAGCGGCGCGGAGUACUUCCACCCUUCUCCCCAGGCUCCUCUUCCUCCUCCUCCUCCUCCUCCUCCCCACUCGCAGCAACCGCAGCACCUGGCCGGGGGGAGCCCCUCGGCUUACCAGCCUCCCCCGCCUCCUUUGCAAGCCCCCUGCUCCGGCCUGCCUUGUUCAGCCGAGCCGACCAAGUUUUACGGAUACGAUAACUUACAGCGACCGACGAUUUUUACGACACACCAAGAGGCCGAGCUGCUUCAGUAUCCCGACUGUAAAUCGUCCUGUGCUAAUAUUGGCGAGGAAUCAAGGCCCUUAAAUCAGGGCUCGUCUCCUUCUCCAGUGUUUCCUUGGAUGAGACCACAAGCAGCUCCCGGGAGGCGGAGAGGGAGGCAAACCUACAGCCGUUUCCAAACUUUGGAGCUGGAAAAGGAGUUCCUGUUUAACCCCUACUUGACCAGGAAGAGGAGGAUCGAGGUCUCCCACGCGCUAGGACUGACCGAGCGGCAGGUCAAGAUCUGGUUCCAGAACCGGAGGAUGAAAUGGAAAAAAGAGAACAACAAGGACAAGUUCCCUGCCACUCAGCAAGAGGGGAAGGAAGGAGAGAUCAAAAGGGAAGCCGACAGAGACCUGGAAGGACAAGCCUCGGCCCCAGCAAAUUAACAUCUUCUUCCUCCUCCUCUUCUUCCUCCUGCUGCUGGGAACCUGGGCCAAAGACUUCGGGGCAUCAACGGAUGGAUGGACAGGCCGGGGGCGCUUGUCUUGAUCUCUGCCACCUCCACCAUGAUUGGACAACUCUCAAGGCACCUUUUGUUUUCUUUGAAACUACCUUCUGACAUUUCUGGGCUAGAUGAGAGUUAGGCUUUUGUUACUGCACUGGGCGCCUUAGCUGAUUCCCAUAUGGCAACUGCUGCACUUUCUACAUUUGUUAUUGUCCUUCCUUCCUUCCUUCCUUCCUUCCUUCCUUCCUUCCUUCCUUCCUUCCUUCCACCUCCUUGGACUUUGAUACUAAAAAAGCUAGUAGUUUUUUUACCUGCAGAUUUUUUACUAAGGAUUUCUUUUUUUCCCCCAAGGGCGGAAACGUCCGGCCUCUCCUAUUCCUUUAAGAAUCAAACCAGCUAAGUGCACUUCUUUAGCUCGCUUAAAAUGGUUCAAUCCCCCCCCUUUCUUUCUCCUAAAUUAACUUAAUUAAGAGAGGAAAUAAUUUGUGGACCGAUGAGGGACGUAAGAAAAUAUUUUAAUUAAACACUGAUUUUUUUUCUCAUUAUCGAUAAUCAAAAUAAUAAUAAUAAUAAUAAAAAAUCCGACGUGUUAUUUAUGA